AUGAUCACAGGAUACCCCAAAAGUAGCACCACCAUUUUCACGUCAAACUUCCUCGAUGGCCUUGAGCACCCUCAAGUCAUCGUUGCCAACCUACUACUUAGAAUAGGACUUACCUUUGGAGUUACGAUAGCCUGCCCAACCGCCAUUUCUCUUCAAUCGAGUCGCCUAAUUGACAGCCCGAAUCUCUUCGAUGAGGAAUCCAAGCAUAUGUUGGUUCUCACCCUCGCCUGGGCCUAUGUACUAUCUGCACGAUGGACGGAGAUCAUUCCCGGGGCAUCAACUAUGUCAUAUACCGAAAGCGUGGCUACGCGCGACAGCCGUGACAACGCCCGCAACGGCGACGGCGAUUUAAUCGUGGACCUUGGUGACAUUACAUAUGAAGCAGCGCGGUGGUGGGCGGCCAUUCUUGCUCCCGAAGAAGGCUGGGGCGCUUGCAAUUUUCACAACGGCAGGGUCUUAAAGUCGCCGUGGUCUGUAAAACUGGAGUCUUGCAGGACGUUGGCUCUACGUUAUAACGCCGUACCCUCGCCUCUGGAAUGGCAUUCUUCGGCAUCUUUCUCCACUGCAAUGGCUUACGUCCUUGACUACGCAAUCUACCACGGACUUCAGAACCAAAGUCGAGCGGCAUUUGCUGCCGCACUCCUGCUGCCGACACGCCACCGCAUUUCGAAGCAGGUUCGCUGGCCCCGUAUGCAUCUUCCCCGCAUGCAACGGUCGAAACCUUCCGUGGAACAGUACCUUCCGCCGUGGGGGAGCAACAGCUGUCAGUUGGAUAGAUUGCUCGCCCUUAGCUGCAAUACUACAGGAAUCAUCUCGCUCUUGUGCAGCACGUUUAUUGAACCGGACAUCCCGUGCAAUGUCUGUGGCGCUUGGAUUCAAGGCGCUUUUGCAAUUCUUGACACACAAGUCGCCAAAGAGCCGCAUAUUCUGGCGCAAAUGCUUAUGUGCCGGGCUCCCAACUUGAAUUUUCUGUGGUUAGGGGGCAUACUUAUGAACGUCCAGCACUACAUCAUGAAAUGGGCUCGCCCUGUUGCGUUUCAGAUUGAUCUACAUUCUGCGGCCUGGACAAACAGCUAUGUUUCUUUCAUCCAGAAACCUGUGUCGCGCACUGCUUCAAAUGCGACAACGGUGCAGCGGUCGGACGAGGCUCGAUUAAUGUUCCUAUCGCAGGCUGACCAUCACAGCAAUCCCCCUCUCGUCCCGUUCACGCCAUUUGGCUCCAUUGCCCUUAAAGACUGCAUUCUCGAGGUGCAAAUGCACGUCUCCUGCCCCGGCUAUCACGGCUUAAGAUAUGCCGGUUGGGCAUGGAACUGCAGGAACAACACUAAGAUUGCCCAAGACCCAAUUGAAAGCUCUUUUACACCCAGCUCGAAGGUAGAUAAUGCUGUUGCUGGCCAUACUACCAUUCACUAUGACAACCUUGACCGUGACAAGGACUGUUCAGAGUCUAUGACGCGAAACAUGUUUAAGUGGCUUCGCGAAGCGGACGGGUUUCCCGUCGCUGAACGAGCUAUCAGAGAGCAUGAAUGGAUUAACGGGGGGUGGAGCUCGGAGGAAGAAAGUGUCGCACCAGAGGGUGAUGGAAAAUCGACCACAGACCAACAAGUUGGUCCAUGGAUCUGCCGGGGAAUAACGACUAGAUGUAACACAAUUUGA